AUGCUUGUCUGCACCACAGGCUGGGCGCUCGCAUUGGUGGGGACCAAGAAGCCGGGGGCUUCGCUGAGCGUGGCUGCUAGUGAGGGGAGCGGGCCGCUCAUAAAAGGUAGUGGUGGUGGUGAUGGCACCAGGGAGGUUGGCGAUGGUGUUUGCGAUGCGGAUGGUCGGCUUGAGCCGAUUGGGGUUGGUGUUGCGAUGGGCGAGGAUGGAGAGGAGGCUGAGGAAGUAGCGGGAGCGGAUUCCGAGGGAGAAGCAGUGGAGGACUCGGCGGGAGUAGAAGACGACGGAGAGACAGCGGAGGAGACAACAGUGGAAACAGCGGAAGAAACAGCGGGAGUAGAAGACGGCAAGGGUACCGUAGACUCUUGGGGCGAUGAAGUCAUAGCAGGAGCAGGCGAGGAAGUCGAAGGUGCAGGCUCCUCGGAUGAAGUAGAAAGAGGAGCAGGCGAAGAAGAGGCAGGCAUGGAUUCCGGGGUAGACAUAUACUCUGGCAUAGACGUAGAUUCUGGUGUAGAUGUUGACUCUGAUGCAGACGAAGUCUCAACAGGAAGUUCAGAUUCCAUAGAUGAAGUUUCGGCCAUGCUCGUUGGAGCAACCGCCUCUGGAGUAACUGUUGAGAAGAGAGUGAAAGAGAAUCCAGCAUCUAGUGUCGGUGCUUCGGCAGCUGACGUCGUACUCGUCCUUGAGAUGUCGUAA